AUGGCCACCGACACCAGCACGACCACCUCGCUGGAGUCACCAGGCAUCUACGUGGCCCUGACCCACGAGCCCCUCGACGCCAAGCCCAUAAUGGACAAGGUGCGCAGCCCCCAGGCGGGCGCGACCGUCCUCUUCGCCGGCACGACGCGCGACAGCUUCGGCGGCCGCGCGGUGCUCAACCUGUCGUACGAGGCGUACGCGCCGCUGGCGCUGCGGACGAUGCGGGACAUCGCCGAGGCCGCGCGGGCCAGGCACGGCCUCAAGGGCGUCGCCGUCGUCCACCGCCUGGGCGUCGUGCCCGUCGGCGAGGAGAGCGUCCUCAUCGCCGUGUCGAGCCCGCACCGCGCCGCCGCGUGGCGCGCCGGGGAGGAGUGCCUGGAGGAGGUCAAGGCGCGGGCCGAGAUCUGGAAGCUCGAGACUUUUGAGGAUGACAGGAGUGCUGUGUGGCGGGCGAACAGGGACGGCGCUGUGGGGGAGAGGGUCGAGCUGCCGGGCAAGGGCGGUGUUGAGGAUGAGGCGAGGGGCGUAACCAGCCAGCUCAGGGGUGAUGAUGAUGAUGAGGCUGACGGUGAGAAUGGAACAGCCCCUGAGGCAAUGGGCCCAGUGGUGAGGCCAAGGCGGCCUGGAGAGAAGGGUCAUGGAGCUGUAGUGAAUCCGACUUCGCAGACGGCUUCUCAAUAA